AUGAAUGUUCCGAAAGAGGGGUUGAUGAACGCCGAUCGAGAUAAGAUCAUGGUAGCACGGGGAGAUCUCGGAAUCGAAAUUCCUCCAGAAAAGGUAUUCUUAGCGCAGAAGAUGCUGGUGGCCAAGUGCAAUAUGGCAGGAAAAGCUGUAAUAUGUGCUACGCAAAUGUUGGAGAGCAUGAUAAAACAAGCUCGACCGACAAGAGCAGAGUGUAGCGAUGUUGCCAACGCAGUUUUGGACGGAGUAGAUUGUGUGAUGUUGUCCUGGAGAGACCGCGAAAGGUCUUUAUCCAUCUGCAAAGAAGCCGAGACUGCCUUUUACUAUACGAAAUAUUAUGAAGAAAUCAUGUUCCACACAGUGAAGCCUACCGAUCGCACCCAUACCACAGCUCGCGAGCUUUCCCAUAGCUUUGGAAUGAGCAACUUUCCAAAACAUUCACUUACUGCUAUUCUGUGUUCUCGCUAUCGACCGCCGGUGCCAGUGAUCUCAAUUACACGAGACGAAAAGAUUGCUCGUCGUCUACAUCUCUACAGAAGCGUAUUUCCUUUGCACUGGAAUAAGCCACGCCGCCCCGACUGGCAAGCUGAUAUCGAGGAGCGCAUCAACUACGGUAUUGAGGCUGGCAAGAAACGAGGCGUAAUCUGGACUGGCGACCCACUGGUCGUAGUCACUGGCUGGCAUCAAGGUGCCGGUUUCACAAACACGAUUCGAAUCAUCAUUGCAUCAUAG